CCUGAUCCAGAUACUCCUCCGCGGAUUUGGUGGUGCACGACUGGAUCACUCACAUUUCUCCCUAUCCAUGCGGCUGGAAUAUAUGAUUCGCAUACCGAUGAUGCGCAACUCUCUUCAUAUGCCAUAUCCUCCUAUACGCCCACCUUGUCUGCACUGCUCCAACCAUCCAAAUUCACUUCAAAUUCCUCUUUCAAGGUUCUUUCUGUCAUAGAGGCUUCCCCUCCCGGCGCUACUUACAUUCCAAAUGCCGAGCUAGAACUAGAACAUAUUCGCCGACACUUUGCUGAUAAACACCACCUUGUUCUGGAAGGCCCUGAAGCGACAAGGCCACGAGUAACUGAGGAGAUGAAGGAAUGUAAUUGGCUGCAUCUUGCAUGUCACGGGGUUCAAAACGCAUCUAGGCCAACGAAAAGCGCACUUCUACUCGAUGAUGGCCAUUUAACCCUGGAGGAGAUUAUCAAGCUCAGUCUUCCUAAAGCCGAGUUUGCAUUUCUAUCGGCAUGUCAGACGACAGCUGGAGACGAACAGCUCUCAGAAGAGGCCGUCCAUAUCGCAGGUGGUAUGUUAUUGGCAGGAUAUCGCGGUGUCGUGGCGACAAUGUGGUCUAUCCAAGAUGAACUCGCGCCAGAGGUGGCCGAUGAAUUCUAUGCACACCUUCUACGGGAAGGGGGUAGACCAGAUAGUAAGAAGGCAGCAGAGGCGCUCCAUAUAUCUAUUCAGAGGCUUCGUAAGAAACAAAAUCUACCUCUUACAGCUUGGGUGCCUUUCGUGCAUCUCGCCGAGUGGAACGCGUCCGGCCGGCACUGGCUGAUCGACUUCCUCACCUCUGCACUGCCCCCUCCACACUGGGAAGAGACUGUCAAGCCUUUGCCUAUUUAUCAUAAGAUCCUUGAUGUCUCCAGAUCCUCGAAACGAAAGUUCUACCUGCAGCAUCCUACUGAUAUGAGGUAA